GGCGCGCGCGCGCUUGACUGCGCGAGGUGCGAGAGAAGAAAGUCGGCCGAGAGGCGCCUCGUCUGGGCUGAGGAGCGGCGUCGAGAGAAGCGGGAGUUCUCCUGAGUGAAAAUGCCGAAUGUAAAGAAGACAGCUGGGAAAAGAGGUCCUGCAAAGCGGAAACUUGCAGAAGAAUUUUCUCCAGGAGAAGUUUUUACAGACAUGUCAAAGAAAGAUUGGAAGCUUGGACCAGUUAUAGGCAAAGGAGGUUUUGGCUGCCUGUAUCUUGCUGAUAUUAAUUCUUCAAAAUUAGUUGGCAGUGAUGCACCCUAUGUUAUAAAAGUGGAGCCCAGUGAAAAUGGACCUCUCUUCACUGAAUUAAAGUUCUACAUGCGUGCUGCUAAACCAGAGCUAAUUCGGAAAUGGAUUACUUCUCACAAAUUGAAAUACUUAGGUGUACCAAGAUACUGGGGUUCUGGCUUGCAUGAAAAGAAUGGCAAAAGCUACAGAUUUAUGGUAAUGGACAGAUUUGGAAAAGAUCUUCAGAAGAUUUUUGAAGAAGAAGGGAAGCGCUUUACACGCAAAACUGUAUUACAGUUAGGCUUGAGAAUACUUGAUGUUUUGGAAUAUGUUCAUGAACAUGAAUAUGUGCAUGGAGACAUCAAGGCCUCAAAUCUUCUCCUGAGCAACAAGGCCCCACAUCAGGUGUACUUGGUGGAUUAUGGCCUCGCAUAUCGAUACUGUCCAGAAGGCGCUCAUAAGGAUUAUAAAGAAGAUCCCAAACGGUGUCAUGAUGGAACCCUUGAAUUUACUAGUAUUGAUGCACACAAGGGGGUGGCUCCAUCAAGGCGUGGUGACCUGGAAAUUCUGGGUUAUUGUAUGAUCUAUUGGCUUAGUGGUCAUUUGCCUUGGGAAGACAACCUGAAAGACCCCAAUUAUGUCAAAGACUCAAAAAUUAGGUAUACAGAUAAUAUUGUGGAACUGAUGAGAAAGUGCUUCACUGGAAAAGAUAAACCAGGUGAAAUAGCAAAGUACAUGGAAAAGGUGAUGGCUUUGACCUAUACCGAAAAACCACUAUAUCAGCAGUUUCGAGAAAUACUUCUUCAUGGUCUCAAGGAUAUUGGUCAGGAGGAUGAUGGUAUAUUGGACUUUGGAAUUUCUGAGAAUGGAGAUGUUCCAGCAAAGCCUGCACUUAAGGCUAGAAGAAGAUUAGCUGCUGCAUCAGAGCCUGGUGCUGCCAAUGAAGAAGAUUCUGAAACAGCUACGGGUGAAGUGAAAACUGCCCCCAAAAGAAAACGCACUGCAUCUAAAGCUGCAGCUUCCAAACCCAAAGUCCUGAAGAUGUCUCCCAAAGUCCAGAAGAAAUCUCCCCAAAUCAAGACAAGCAUGAAACUCAAGACAAGAGUCCAGAAGUAGGAGAGCCAGAAUAAUGUGUGCUUGCUGCUUUUAUUAUCCCCCCUCCCCACAAGGAUUAGGAUUGUUUUCCUUUUUAAGUAAGUGUUUAGCCUACGGACUGUAAAAAGACUGUUCUAAAUUGUGUAGUUGGGAUUUGAAGAAUAAAUUUUUUAAGUCUUUCUAUACAGGAUGUUUAAUUUACUAUCAAUACAUAUGUUUUCAAAACGGCUGUAGUAAACUUUUUGCACCUGUUCACUUUCUAUUGCACUUGAAUAAAAAUGAAAUCUUAA